AUGACUCCGCCAUCAGUACCCUUCCUCUACAGGGCCUUCUUCCUAUACAUUGAGCCCAUAUCUGCACUGGCAGGGGCCUUCUACGCCGCAUUCAGGCAAGAUGAUUACCUCAAGGACCUCACUUUUAGUUCUCAGCUCACACACACUGUACUUCCCACACAAACGAACAUGGCACUCCUCCAGCUGGCCAACCUCUACCUGCUUUUUGCUCUAAACGAACACUUUGUUCUCUCAUCAACGACAUCCAUCGUGACUUGGAAGAAACUCUUGAUAGGGUUACUCGUAGCUGAUUUUGGACAUUUGAUAACAAUGGCACCGGCGGGAAUGGCGGUCUUUUGGAAAUUCUGGGAAUGGAAUGCUAUGAUGUGGGGAAGUGUAGGAUUUGUGUACGCUGGCGCUACAAUGAGGAUAUGCUUCCUCUCAGAUGUUGGGCUUGACCGUAUACCCAAGGGAAAGGGUAAAAGACAGUAA